CUAGUUAAUGAAAUCAAUAAGGCCAGACAUGUUCCAAGCAUUAUUUCUCGAAUAGGAGUGGCUCCUGAUGCUGAUAGCUAUAGUAUCAUGAUUAAUGGAUUCUGUAAGAUUAAAAUGGUCGACGAAGCCUUGAGUCUCUUUUAUGAAAUGCAUUGCAGAAGAUUUGCUCCUAAUACGAUAACUUACAGUUCGCUCAUUGAUGGUUUGUGCAAAGCUGGGAGAUUCUCUUGUGCUUGGGAGCUUGUUGAUGAGAUGCAUGAUAAUGGCCAACCACCCAAUAUAUUCACUUACAAUUCUUUAAUAAAUUCUUUAUGCAAAAACUAUCAGGUUGACAAGGCUAUUGCAUUAGUUAAUAAAAUCAAAGAUCAAGGGAUUCAACCAGAUAUGUUCGCGUAUAAUAUACUUAUCGAUGGACUAUGCAAAGGAGGACGACUUCAGAAUGUAGGAACUUCACAACAGAAGAGGAGGAGAAUUGCUAAUACACAAAUUAGGUCAUCACCCCACAACCAUAACCUAGGUGAGAUGACUUUUGCCUUUUCUAUAUUUGCUAAGAUUCUCAAAUUAGGUCAUCACCCCACAACCAUAACCUUCAAUACACUUAUCAAUGGUAUGUGUCUUAACGGUAAGAUCAAGGAAGCUUUGCACUUUCACGAUCAUAUGCUUGCACAUGAAUUUCACUUGAACCAAGUUACUUAUGCUACAUUGAUCAAUGGCUUGUGUAAAAUGGGGAAAACAACAGAAGCCUUACAAUUUUUAAGAAAGAUUGAUGGGAAAUUGGUUAACACUAAUGUGAUAAUGCACAACACAAUUAUUGAUAGUUUGUGUAAAGAGAAAUUGGUGACCGAGGCUUAUGAGUUAUAUUCUCAAAUGAUUGUAAAGAAAAUUUCUCCUGAUGUUGUCACUUUCAAUUCUUUAAUCUAUGGAUUUUGCGUUGUUGGUCAAUUGAUAGAAGCAUUUGGUUUGUUCCAUGAAAUGGUAUUGAAAAACAUCAACCCAAAUGUGUAUACUUUUAAUAUAUUGGUUGAUGCUCUUUGUAAGGAAGGAAAUGUGAAAGGAGCUAAGAAUCUGUUAGCCAUGAUGAUGAAACAAGGUGUAAUACCGAAUGUUAUAUUAUACAGUUCAAUAAUGGAUGGAUAUUGCCUAGUUAAUGAAGUCAAUAAGGCCAAACAUGUUUUAAGCACUAUUACUCAAAUGGGAGUGCCUCCUGAUGCUCAGAGCUAUAAUAUCAUGAUUAAUGGAUUUUGUAAGAUUAAAAUGGUCAAUGAAGCCUUCAGUCUCUUUAAUGAAAUGCGUUGCCGAGGAAUUUCUCCCAAUACAGUAACUUACAGUUCUCUCAUUGAUGGUUUGUGCAAAUUAGGUAGAAUCUCCUAUGCUUGGGAGCUUGUUGAUGAGAUGCGUGACAAUGGUCAACAACCUGACAUAUGCACUUACAAUUCUUUAAUAGAUGCAUUAUGCAAAAACCAUCAUGUUGACCAAGGCAUUCAACUAGACAUGUACACAUACAAUAUACUUAUUGAUGGACUAUGCAAGCAAGGAAGGCUUAAGGAUGCACAAGUGAUUUUUCAGGAUCUUUUGAUUAAAGGCUACAAUUUAACAGUCUGGACAUAUACUAUUAUGAUCAAUGGUCUUUGUUUAGAGGGUUUGCUCGAUGAAGCUGAGGCCCUGCUGUCAAAAAUGGAAGACAAUGGAUGUGUUCCUGAUGCUGUAACUUGUGAAACAAUUAUUCGUGCUCUCUUUGAAAAUGAUAAGAACGAAAGGGCAGAGAAACUACUACGUGAAAUGAUUGUUAGAGGUCUACUGUAAGAGAAGACUAGUC